AUACAUGAUAGAAAUCAAGGAUCAGAGAAAGAGCAUAAUGGGAACUCUCCUGCCGUUUGUGGGAAUGGUGAUUGUGAUUUUGGCUCAAGUUAGCACUGCGGUAGUAACCAAAGCAGCAAUGUCAAGAGGGGUCAACAAAUAUGUUAUUAUUGUUUACUCUAACGUCCUCUCAACCCUCGUUCUUCUUCCUUGCUCUUAUGUGUUCCACAGAUCGGUGCGUCUUCCACUCAGUUCUUCCAUUCUCUGGAGAUUCUUCUUGCUUGCCCUUGUUGGGUGUGUUUCACAAAUAUGUGGAUAUGCUGGUAUCGAUUAUAGCUCUCCUACGCUUAGCACAGCAAUGCUCAACCUGACUCCUGCCUUCACCUUUAUACUUACAGUCACUUUCAGGAUGGAAAAACUAGAUUGGAGAAGCAGAAGCAGCCAAGCCAAGACCUUAGGAACCCUAAUUUCAAUUGCAGGGGCAUUUGUUGCGACAUUCUACAAGGGGCCAGCAGUAAUCGGAACACAAUCCAUCACCAUAUCAGCUCAUCUACUUGUUUUCUCUCCACAAUUUAAGUGGGUCCUUGGAGCCUUUUUGCUUGCAACUGAAGCUUUAAUGAUGUCAGCAUGGUAUAUUCUACAGACAAUGAUUCUCAAAAAAUUCCCAGCAAUACUUACUGUCAUAUUUUACCUUAGCUUCUUCACUACCAUUAUUUCCGCGGUAUAUUCUCUGAUUUUGGUUGAAGACACAAGUGCCUGGAAGCUAAGACUUGAUAUAGGACUUAUUGCGGUUUUACACUCGGCGCUAGUUGGGACAGUCCUGCGCUGCACCUUGUGUGCAUGGUGCAUCAGUAAGGCAGGACCUCUCUAUGUUUCCAUGUUCAAGCCCUUGGGUAUUAUUUUUGCGGUUGUCAUGGGAGUUCUUUUCUUGGGAGAUGCACUUUGUGUUGGAAGUAUGGUUGGUGCAAUCAUAAUUGUGACAGGAUUUUAUGCUGUUAUGUGGGGGAAAGCUAAUGAAGAAGAGAAGUCAAGGGAGGAAAGUGGGUUGGGGACUUCCACUUUAUCAAGUGAGAAGGUCCCUCUGUUACAGAACAGAAUUGAAGAAAAGAAUUCUUCUGUAUAAAUUUGAUUUUACAUGUAAUUUACAGGAUAGAAGGGCCCAUCUCCCAUGUUGAAGCCAAAAUCAUGCAGAACAGGUUAGGGGUAUGGUGAUUUUAGGGAUUAUGGGAUGCUUAGGUAACAAACUUGAAAUCAAGCAGCCCAAAGGUCACUCUCUUGUCAAAUAGAACUGGAGAAACAUAGAAGACUUAUAUAACAAUACUUAUAUCAGUAAUUUAAAUUAAAUGUUAGCAAAGUUUCUUGUUGGUGUCUGCAGCCUGCACAAACAUACCAUCAAAAAGAAAUGCUAUGAAGUUUG